AUAAUGGCUUCUUAGUUCAUCUUUCUUGGAUUCUUUUUUCCUAGUGAGGAGGAAUGAUUGUUCUUUUUUUUUUCUAACACAGGAAUGAUUGUUCUAAAAAGUAAAAUUUAGCCUUUUUAUACUUUUCUCUUCAUGAGCUUGUCACUUUUUGACUCGUGCGUUGAUGAGUUCUAUGUUAGCUAUCUACAUUUAAAAACUAUGUUGAUGCUACAAUGGGGUCAACGAGUUGUUUAACCUUAGAUGCAUCAACUAAGCCUUUUACAUCUCUGAUAUCCCUUUUCUUUAUGUCAUCCGCCAUCUAAUGCUUAACCAGCAUGAUUUGAUUCAAUAAGACAUAUCAAUCAAAGCUUCUACAUUAAGGCUUCGUUGCUAUUAACUUUCUUGAGAAAGAAACCUGUUGUUUAUAAAAAAGAAAAAAAAGCUUAAAGAAGAUUGAAAAGACUUCUGAAAAAAUUAGUAGUAAAUGAUUAACACAUGUCAAAUUAAUUAUUCUACGGUUUAAUAAUCUUAAUAACACUUCGCAAUAUGGGCCGUUAGAUGUAGGCCCAUAAUAAUGGUCCCCACGGCUAACAAAUGGCUGCUUUUGACAGUAGCUCAAAACCAAAAGAAAUACUUGAGUCACACGUUUUUCUUCUAUUGGAGGAGAAGACGACUUUCUGGGCGUAAUGUGGUCUCUAAGCUUUUGUCUUUUAUCUCUUUAGGAAUCUGUCUCCUGACUUAUAACAGCCUUUUUGGUUCUGUUCCUUAGGCUUUCCCUGUUAAACAAUUCGUUUCUUUGUAGGAAAUUUUCCAUUUGUAGGUUUGCGUAUAUUCCUCAGAGAACCUGAAGGUUGCUGAAAUAGAGAACAGACAUUGUCAGACUGUUUUAACUGAUUCUUGUCGUGUGUAAAGCUUUGUCUUUUGUUCUUACUCUGUUUUACCCACCGGCUCUGUUUUCGCUUGCUUGUUAUCUUUUGAUGAAAGAGUUUUCUUGUUCUACACGUCAAACUGUAAACCUUACCUUAAUUCAUUUUUCUCUCUCUGGUUACAUGGGACUGAGCACUGAAAAAUUCGUGACUGUAACGGCACUGAUCGUAGCCACUCUGAUGGUACUAGUGAGAUGCCAAAGUCCUCGAGUGAUAAACCUCGGUGCUGUUUUCACUUUUGAUUCCGUUAUCGGAAGAGCUUCAAAAGUAGCUUUGGAGGCAGCUGUCUCAGACGUGAACGCUGACACAAGCCUUCUCAAAGAAACAAAGCUACGUCUCUUUAUGGAGGACUCUUCUUGCAAUGUCUUGCAUGGUUCCUUCGCAGCGUUUGAAGUGCUUGGCAAAGAAGUGGUGGCUAUCAUCGGUCCCAUCUCAUCCUCCAUCGCUCACACAUUAUCAGACAUCGCCAAAGGUCUCAAGUUCCCCCUCGUCUCAUUCGCAGCAACCGAUCCAACACUCUCCGCCCUCCAGUUCCCCUUCUUUCUCCGGACCACACCUGAUGAUUCCCACCAGAUGUCUGCCCUCGUGGAUCUCAUCGAUUUCCACGGAUGGAAAGAGGUGAUAUCUGUUUACUCGGACGAUGAGCUCGGAAGAAACGGCGUCUCUGCUCUUGACGAUGAGCUUGACAAGAGAAGAUUCAGGAUCUCCUAUAAAGUCCCGCUCUCACUACACUCUGAUGAAAAAUCUGUUACGGAUGCUUUGAACAGUUCCAAGUCCAUUGGGCCUAGAGUCUAUGUUCUUCAUAUUGGUCCUGACCCUUUGCUCAGAAUCUUCAGCGUAGCGCAGAAGCUGCGGAUGAUGACCAGUGGAUACGUGUGGCUCGCCACAGACUGGCUCUCGGUUACUUUAGAUUCUUCUUUGAGCGACAAAGGUACUUUUAGUCGUCUUGAAGGAGUUGUUGGGCUUCGUCAACACAUUCCAGAAUCCAUAAAGAUGCGCCAACUAAAGAGGAACAGGUCGAUGAAUGCAUACGCGUUCCAUGCGUAUGAUACAGUGUGGAUGAUUGCAUACGGCAUCGAGAAGAUGCUGAAAGAAGGACACAACGUAACAUUCUCUUACUCGGAGAAGUUAAGUCACUCGCAAGGAAAUAAACUUCACCUGGAGAAAGUCAAAAUAUUCAACAAAGGGGAGGUACUACUUGAGAAACUUCUCAAGGUUAACUUCGCCGGUUUAGCCGGUCGAGUUCGGUUUGGUUCGGGUCGAAACGUCACUGGCUGUGACUAUGAGAUCAUCAAUGUAGACAGAACAGGCGUUCACAAUGUGGGCUUCUGGUCCAGAAACGGUGGUUUUUCACUUGGUAAUAACGUAACAUGGCCUGGUGGUGGCCGUGAAAAGCCACGUGGAUGGGUUAUUGAUUCGGCAAAUCCGUUGAAGAUUGUUGUACCUAAAAGAGUGAGUUUUGUCGAGUUUGUGACUGAAGACAAGAACAGUAGCAGCAGCCAUCGUAUCAAAGGCUUAUGCAUUGACAUCUUCAUUGAAGCAUUGAAGUUCAUCCCUUACGAUGUUCCUUACAAGUUUGAGUCGUUUGGGAAUGGACAUUCGAGUCCUAACUACAGCAAGAUUAUUCAAAUGGUAUCGGAUGGGGUAUAUGAUGCAGCUGUUGGGGAUAUUGCAAUAGUCCCGAGCCGGUCCAGGCUAGUAGAUUUUUCUCAGCCGUAUGCUUCCACAGGCCUUGUAGUGGUGAUUCCUAACGUCGGCAAUGGGACUUGGAUCAUUCUGAGACCCUUCACCACACAGUUAUGGUGCGUUGUUCUGGCUUCGUUCCUCUGUAUUUCCGUUGUCAUUUGGAUCCUCGAACAUCGCGUCAACGAAGAUUUCAGAGGCCCACCCCGAAGGCAAAUCAUCACAAUCAUCUUUUUCAGCUUCUCCACUCUCUUUGGGAGAAAUCAUGAAGAUACUAAGAGCAAUCUAGCGAGACUAGUGAUGAUUUUUUGGCUCUUCCUAUUGAUGGUUCUAACCGCGAGCUACAAAGCGGAAAUAACCUCAAUCCUCACAGUUCAACAGCUUCCAUCUACCAUUACCGGCAUUGACAGCCUGCGAGCAAGUGAGGUGCCUAUCGGUUACCAGUCUGGGACGUUCACUUUCGAGUACUUAACCUACAGUCUUGGCAUGGCUCGGUCUAGACUGGUCGCACUUGACUCGCCUGAGGACUAUGAAAGGGCUCUAAAGCUAGGACCAACCGCUUUGGGAGGCGUAGCUGCUAUUGUUGACGAGCUCCCUUACAUUGAACUGUUUCUAGCGGAACGGACUGGUUUCAAGAUUGUCGGAGAUCCCUUUAUGAACCGCGGUUGGGGGUUUGCGUUUAAGAGAGAUUCUCCACUAGCUAUAGACAUGUCAACAGCGAUCUUAAAACUAGCUGAGACGAGAAAGCAGAAAAAGAUUCUGAACAAAUGGUUAUGCAAGACGAGUUGUCCAGAGAAAUCAGGUUGGAACCACCCGGAGCCAAACCAGCUUCGUCUCAAGGGCUUCAAAGGGGUGUACCUUUUCUGCAUUGCAAUCAGUGUCUCUGCGUUCUUGGUGUUUGUUCUCAGGAUGAUACGCCAGUUCGUGCAAAGGAAUGAGAGAACUAGCUUGACGCCGCGAGCUUCUUUGUCUUCUUCUCCUACGAUGCGUUUAAGGGAAUGGGUGUUGGGUUUAGUAGAGUUUGUGGAUGAGAAAGAAGAAGCUAUAAGGAGUGAUAACUCUAACAACAACCCUUCUCAAGCUGUGGAACAUCAAGCUGAUUCUGAGGUACGACAAAGUUGAUGAGUAGACUCCAUUUUUAUAGAAUGGUAAAAUGUAUUGUAAUUACAUAUGAGCUAACAUGUAAGCCAACAAUAUUCGAAAUCUUUUUUUUUUCACUUUUUGUUCUGAACCAUCUCUGAGAUGGCUCCGGUUCUGUUCAUUAUGUGGGCAUUGGAUCUGUACAGAAUCACAGAAAUUAAAAUUAUACUACAAUAUAUAUCAAUUUGUAA